UUCGGCGCCCCCCUCGCGCAUUGAUAUUAACAAAAAAUGAAAACGAGGCAGCCAAAAUCACCGUGAAUAUAAAUCUAAGCUUAUUAUACAAUACAAAAAAAAAAGGCUAACGAUGUUGGAGAACAUCACAGACGACCCCCUUCAAGGUUCCCUCGUCUUUGCGAUCACAGCGGGUGAUUUCGGCUGUUACUCUUGCACCCUCCUUCCCCCCUCUUCCCUCCACCUCCUCUUUGCAGUCGCCUAUGACACGGCUCUGAGCAAACUCAGUACGAGAGUGAACGAGAGCGAGCGAGUGAGUGAGAGAGACAGACAAGCGCUCUCCAUUUUCUCCAAGCCUGAUCUCUCCUCACGUGUCCUGGAAAGGGGAUCUCACAUGACCUGUGUGUUUGUCCCCGUGAUCAAAACUUCCAUCUCCUGUCUGAAAUUCACAUUUUAAAUACAAACCUAGGUCCCCACAUGGACAUGCUAGAUCAGAGUUUGGAUACAGCCUCCAGCCACGAAAAAGGACAAGACUCAGAGGAGGUAGUGCAUCUGCAGGAAGGUGACGGAACGGGAGCUGACGAGCAAACAGCUGUGGCUAUUGCCAGCGUUCAACAGGCCGCCGCAUUUGCAGAUCACAACAUCCAAUACCAGUUCCGCACAGAAAACAGUGGUGGGCAGGUAACAUACAGAGUGGUGCAGGUGACAGAUGGACAGCUGGACGGCCAAACAGACGCUACUGGGGCAGUCAGCGUUGUUUCCACUGCAGCAUUUACAGGGGGACAGCAGGCCGUUGCGCAGGUGGCAGUGAUUCAGAACCCUUUUAGUAAUGGUGGCAGCCCUGCAACAGACAGUGGUGAGACAAGGUUUGCAUACUUCCCUGCAUCCACAGUCGGUGAUGGCACAGCCACUGCAGUUUCGGUGCAGACUGCAGACCAAACGUUGGCACAGGCUGGAGGGCAAUUCUACGUGAUGAUGACACCGCCAGAUGUUCUACAGUCUGGCACACAGAGGACCAUUGCACCCAGAACGCACCCCUAUUCUCCGAAGAUGGACGGCCCAAGAACACCUAGAGAUGAAAGGAGGAGAGCACAACACAAUGAAGUUGAAAGACGACGGAGAGACAAAAUAAACAAUUGGAUUGUGACAUUGUCUAAGAUCAUUCCAGAAUGCAACACUGACAACAGCAAGACUGGAGCUAGUAAAGGAGGUAUCCUGUCCAAGGCAUGUGACUACAUUAGGGAGCUGAGACAAACCAACCAGAGACUCCAGGAAAGCUUCAAGGAAGUGGAAAGAGUCCAGGUGGACAAUGAGCUCCUCAGGCAACAGAUAGAAGAAAUGAAAAAUGAAAAUGCACUUCUCCGAGCUCAGCUACAGCAGCAUGGAAUUGAAGUAGUGGGAGAGUCUGCUGGACAAUAACUAUCAACAGGUCAAGGAGGAAAUGACGCGCUGAGAUCCGCCCCACUCCCUUUAUGCUGCGUGAAGUCUCUAACACCACGUAUUUCAAGAGGAGAUAAAAGAGAGGAGAGAGAAAUAAAAGGCCCCAAAUUCCAGUGUCAUUAACCUUUCAUUCAGAAAGUGAUAUCUGAAGCUGACUUUAAAUAUUUGGAUUAUGGGUGGUGCUGUUGGCAAAGAAAUCUGAUUGAUGUACUUGGUGAGUGUAGGUUGGAGCAAUUUUUUGUCCCAAAUCAGUUAAAUGCUGUUAAGACGGCCCCAUCCUAGUGGUUGGAUGUUUACUAUAAAUUACAAUAUUUGAAUGUAGGUUGCAGCAUUAUACGUGGGGCUGCAGCAUUGUCACUAUACAACCAAUGAAGGAGAUGUUGUGGUUGAAGAAGUACAAUUGGCUAGUCUUCCUAGUGCAAAUUUUCUGCAAGAAUAUAUUGAUGCAGAGGUUAAAGGCUAAAGUUAAAGCCCACCCCCAAGUGGAUUUUACCUCUUUAGUAAAGUUUAACUGGUGCUCUUCGUCAUGAAACCAGAACAAGAUGGUCUGCAGUGUUAUGUAGGGUUUUUAAUAUCACAUUUAAGAAAUGGAAUGGAAUGGCUGGUGCUUGAUUGGAAUCAAAAGCCAUAAUAGUAAAGAUGAAGUGAAGGUUGAAAAGGAGCAUUGUACGUGCUUUAAAAAAAAGUACAUCAGUUUAGAGCUUUACGUGAAUGACGAUGAGGAUAAAGUAACAACGUCAUUUUUGCAAAGAGGAAGUUGCCAGACUGAUAAAGUGAACAAUGUGCCUCACAAGCAGAUCGGUGACCCUUUCUGCCUCUUUCUUGCUCGCUUUUCUAUGUGUACAGAAUGAUUAAUUAUAAGUUUUAUAUUUAUGGUAUUAUGUUGUUGUAGAUAUUUGUGGAUGUAGAAAAGUGCAGAAAUUCAAACCUUGCCGCGCCAUCAGCAAAAAUUUUUAUUUUGUCCAUUUUCUUUUCUAGACACCGUAAAUCACCAGAAAUCAUUCUAGCAGUAAAUAUAAUCAUGUUGAUAUAUAAAAAACGGCAAAUUAAAACAAUAAAGUGUAUUUGCUGCUGCAACAUUUGAUGAUGUGUAGCACUGCAUGCAGCACUUUUCAUGUCCACUGUUGUAAAUUGAGCCAGUUGUGAGGGUUUUGGAUAAUGUGUAGAAUUAGUCAUGUUUCGAUGUAUAUCUGUGUCUUUCAUUACAUUUUGUACAUAGUUACAAAACAAAAUAACCGAAGUGUGAAUAGUUGAGUCUGAGUGAUCCUAAGAACAUCUUUGUACAGAAUCCCCAAAUAUAAGAUGAACAAUAAACCAGCCAUUCCUUUGGUAGUCAAUGAAAGCCUUAAAACUGACACAGAGAUGCAUGUCUUAAGGGCAACAGUUGGUCACAAACACUGCAGACAUCUAUCUUCUAUUUCCCUUUCAGUUCAUUUUAUGUUACGUUAUGUUUUCUUGUGCACAAAUAUAGUGAAUAUUUACAAAGAAGAAAUACCUUUUCCACCAAACCCCAACCCUCUGGCCCACCUUUCAUCAGCUUCAUCAUUAUAACAAACGUACUGAGUUUUAAUGUGAUCUGUGUUAGUAGUGAGUGUGUAACAUUACAAAAUCAAGUUAACAUAUAAAGAUUUUAAAGUUUAUGUUUGAAGAGACUUACAUUUACCUUGGGCAACAUUAAUAACCCGGUUGGCUCAUGGAAACCCAGCAGCUUGCUUGAAGAGAAAACUAACAUUAAAUGAAGACCUUAAGGAUGCAUAGAAAGUAACAGAUCAAUAUUCAAAGGAGUAGACUUGUGACAAAUGUUGUCAGACUGGGAUUUAAUAGGAAAAGUAAAUUGAUGAAGGGAAAGCGUUCUGUUGUAGCUUUCGAAUAAAACGGAGGCAAGACUAACUUCAAAUUAAGUAAGAUAAGGUUUUGGAGCAAAAUGUCCGGUCAAAGGCUUCACUUUAUAUAGCAGCUUUAGUGGAAAGUAAGUUUGCUACACAUUUAAAAGAUUUGUUUUUGUUACUAUGGGUUUAGGUAUGACACUUCAGAUUUUUUUUCAAUUUUCACAUUGUAGUUAAAGGCUUUUAUUUAGUUUUACAAAUAUCACAAGGUGUUAUAAUGAGUGGCAUUUGGAAGGCGUUUUGGUAAUAAUGUGGGAUUCUGUUUGAAGUUGCAUUUCAAGAGCACUUUUUCUUUAGUGAGGUGGAGAAAGGAUUGUGUGUGUGUGUGUGUGUGACAUUUUCUGCUGAUGUUUCAAAUGGUACCAAACAUGCGAUAUAACUUUAAAACUAGACACUUUAUAUAUAAUUAAAGCUUUUUUUUUUAUUGUUAGACUUCAUCAAUAAUGGUACAUUUUUGCAAACGGUGUAUCAAAUGUGAUCAUCUUAAUUUAUUCCUGUUAACAUGUACCACUGUGAAAGGCCGUAUGUGAUUCAGUGAUUUACACUGGGCGUGCAUCCUCCUGACAUUCAUCACUUUCUGCUGUAGUAGAAGCAACGGCGUACAUUCAGGUUUGUCUGUUUUGGAAAAUGUUUAGAGAGUUUUUGGCUUUGUGAAAUGUCCAGACUAACAAGUUUCUGUUUGUCUAUAUUCCGUUUAAAAUCCCCAACUUGUAUGACUAAAGGGAAAUAAAAAUUGAAAAGGUAUUCAGUAGGUUUCUUUUCAUGCUGACCCCUGCAUAAUUAUUUAGAAAUGUUCUGCACAACCUGUGCGCACACACAGUAUGAUGAUAAGGUGUAUGAGCCUCGUGUAAUCUGGUAUUUUGAACAUCAGCAGGUGCUUCCAAAAAGGUGAAGAAAUUAGCAAGGCACAGAUUAUUUAAUGCACUUCAAGGUCCAUCUUUUAUCUAAUGAACGGUUUUAUUUCUUGAAUCUCAUGUGACAGAGGCAGUGGUCUCCAAAUCAGAGGAAGUCAUCGCCGCGAACAGUGGAAUUAAAAAACGGGGCUUGUGGCAGUGUUGAGGUGCGAUUCUACUUCACUUAACAUCAUUUGAGUUUAUUGUGAAAUGAUGCUCUUACUGAGCCCUAGAAAAUGUUCAGCCCUCUAGGAUUUCAAUGGUAACAGCAUCACCCUGUCCUUUAUCUGCCAACUGGAGUUCAUUUUUAUACUUGCAGCUUUUUCACUCGAGUCAAAGGAAGGCCAUGUUUUUUGUGGCCUGUGGUGUGUAUAUAUAAUGCAUUCAAACAGGAUCUCGUGAAGGACAGAGAAUGAACAUGCAUCUGUGAAACGAAAUGGCUGGACUCAUUCAUUUGAGAGGAUGGAUAUUUUCCAAUUUGCCAUCUCCAUUUUUGCUUUCUCAAACUAUUUACCGGACUUCUUACAUUGUAGUAUAGCUGUGACAGCUGAACAGUGUAUAAAGGAGCUGAAAUAUUUUAGACUUUCUGAGGAAGGUGGGGGCGAGGGAAAGAAUAUAAAAGCAAAAAUUGCAGUUUGAUUUAUUUUUGUUUUUCCUACAUCUUGGAGCCCCUUUUAGUAAUAUUAGCAUGAUACGACUAACCCACGGCUAAGGACUUUGAUAAAAACAAAACGGCCAAUUGUGAACCAUCCCCUUUUUUCCUAAACAAGUAAGUAACAGCAGUAGCAGCCAAUGCUAGAGGCAGAAAUAAUGUGGAGACAUUCGGCCCAAACCAUUGGUUGUUUACAGCUAAGAGCCAAUCACAUUGUGGUUUUUUUUUUUUUUUUUUUUGUAUCAUUGCAAAAUAAACAAUGGCUAAUUUCUUUG